ACUUUGACCUCAGCAAUACACACACGUGCAUUGGCAUUACAUCAGCGAGAACUCCACGUAAAAUCUCUUUAAAAUGUCGUGGUUGUUUGGGAUUCGAAAGGACCAGCCUCUACCAGAGGCACCUCAACUUCCAGUUUUACAAGAUGGAGGAUCUGGAGCUUCAUCAGGGGGAGGGAAAGAUGGAAAGGGGGACAGUGCUGGAGGAGGAGGAAAAGGAGCCGGCUACAACAACUUCAGUAACUUCGACCCGUCGGGCCUGGAGCGGGCCGCUCAGGCUGCCCGCGAGCUCGACAAGUCCGCAAAUGCAAGGGGAGCAUUGGAUCUCGCCAAGAUGCAAGAACAGACAAAACAGUUGGAACAACAGACCAAAAUCAAGGAGUAUGAAGGAGCCGUCGAGCAGAUGAAGUUGGACCAGACUAGGGUCCAGCAAGAGGAGAAGAGAAAGACUAUGUCUCAGGAGACCCAAGAACAUCAAAGAAGGGCGCAGUACCAGGACCAGCUAGCAAGGAAGAGAUACGAUGAUCAGCUCUCUCAACAGAAAAGGAUGAAUGAAGAAAACUUAGCCAAACAGGAGGAGUCCGUCAGGAAGCAAGAAGCUAUGAAAAGAUCGUCUAUGGAUUAUGAAGCAGAGUUGAGAUUGAAGAAUGAUAUGAAGAAGAUUGAAGCCGAAUUGAGAGGGAAAGCAAAGAUAGAGAGAGAAAAUAAAGAUAUACGGAAGGAGCAGAUCCGUCUUGAAGCAGCUGAGUAUAGGGAAACGGUACUGCAGUCUAUCAAAACGGCAGGAAACAUUCUUGGAGAGGGCUUCAGAAGUUUUAUAUCCGACUGGGAUAGAGUAACAGCCACAGCAGCGGGAGUUACAUUACUAGCCCUCGGUGUGUAUUCAGCCAAGAUGGGAACGGGCGUGGCUGCUCGUUACAUCGAGGCCCGUCUAGGUAAACCCUCCUUGGUCAGAGAGACCUCAAGGCUCACCCCGAUAGAAGCCGUCCGUCAUCCAAUCCAAGUGACCAAAAGAAUCUUCAACAAUCCAAAGGAUGCUCUAGCAGGUGUUGUCCUGGAGCCAAAGCUUGAGGAACGUCUUCGAGAGAUCGCCAUAACAACUAGGAAUACCAAAGCAAACAAAGGAAUGUACCGGAAUAUACUGAUGCAUGGCCCACCUGGUACAGGAAAAACACUCUUUGCAAAGAAACUUGCCAUGCAUUCAGGAAUGGACUAUGCCAUUAUGACGGGAGGUGACGUUGCCCCGAUGGGAAAGGAGGGAGUCAGUUCAAUACAUAAAUUAUUUGAUUGGGCUUCUACAAGCAGAAGAGGAUUACUACUAUUCUGUGAUGAAGCAGAUGCCUUCCUUAGGAGAAGAAAUGCUGAAAUCAUUAGUGAAGAUCUUCGUAGCACUCUAAAUGCCUUCCUUUACCGCACCGGUGAACAAUCUAACAAAUUCAUGUUGGUGUUAGCAAGUAAUCAACCAGAGCAGUUUGAUUGGGCCAUCAACGAUCGAUUAGAUGAGAUGGUCGGCUUUGAUCUACCUGGGCGUGAGGAAAGGGAACGAAUGGUUAGGUUAUACUUUGAUAAGUAUGUCAUCCAGCCGGCUUCACAGGGUAGGAGACGCCUGAAGGUUGGCCAGUUUGACUUCAAUGAGAAGUGUAGUAAGAUAGCUGAAAUGACUGAAGGGUUAUCCGGAAGAGAGAUUGCUAAACUCGGAGUCGCAUGGCAGGCAACUGCCUUUGCUUCAGAGGAUGGCGUCCUUUCAAGCGAGAUGAUCGACGGUAAAGUAGAGGAGAGUGUCAAACAACACAAGCAAAAACAAGACUGGCAUCAGAAGGAGGAUGCAAGGUUAGAUAAACUAGAGAAGCUGCACAACGUGAAAUAGCACCAUCUAUCUACACAGAAUUGACAAUGUCAAAAUGUAACUACAAUUCAUUGAUAUAAAUGAAAAAAAAACUGGAUAGAGCAUAAAUGCAUUCUUUUGAGGCCACUGGAAACACUUCAAAAGUAUUCCAAAAGGUUUAAUGCUCACAAAGUUCCACACUUUUUGUCAGGCAUCUGGUUGCCGUUUCUUACGUGAUGGUAUUGCCCCAUGAACUGUAAACAGUGUCAAUGUUGUGAGUGCAGCAACAUAUAUGACAAGCUCUAUCCAGUUUCUUACAUUAAUUACUCAAAUGGCUCCAUCUAUAGACAUAGAACUGACAAUUACAAAAUGAAUCCCAAAAAUCGACAUCAAUAUGGAACUUGCAAUAUUGAAAUUUGUUGUCAAAUAGUGCCAUCUAUCAACAUAGAAUGGACAAUGUCAAAUGUAAUAUCAAAUAGUGCUUUCUUUAAAAAAAGAACUGGCAAUAAUGAAAUAUAUUGUCAAAUGGCACCAUCUAUUCAUAUAGAACUGACAAUGUCAGAAUGUAACCUCAAAUAGUACUUUCUAUCAAGAUAGAAUUGGCAAUAAUGAAAUAUGUUGUCAAAUGGCACCUUCUAUUGACAUAGAUCUGACAGUAUCAAAAUGCAACCUCAGACAGUGUUCUGUCAAUAUGGAACUUGCAAUAUAAGAGUUGCCAUGUCAAAUAGUGCCAUCUAUUAACAUAGAUCUGACAGUGUCAAAAUUUAACAUCACAUAUACAAAUAAUUCACAUCAUCUGGGGCAUUAGUAAAAGAAUUUAACACACGAGGUACCUUUGGAAGAGUCUUAACACGCCUGAGGCACAGCAGAGGGCACACAGACUAUUCAAAGGUAACAGGUGUGUGUAAUUAUUCUUAUUCCCAAGGAAAAUGAUGUGCAUUAUGUGUUUUAUAAUAUAGUAUUGUGGGUCCUUGUUGAUAAACUAUCAUCUGUGAACUAUGACCGGUCAACAGAACUA